GCUAAGACGACAAUGAUGUAAAAAACUUGAUGUGUCCCUGGUCCUUCGAGCCGGAGAUCUCGUUGAUAUCUUUUAGGCAAAAUAUAUUAUUGAUGUGAUAUUGUGUGUCGGUACCUGAGCUAGUCCCCAUGACCCGGCUUUCGACAUGCAAUCCCCUUCGCCUCGUCUACGUCACUACAGGACUAUGACAGCAAUAUGCUUCGUCUGCAACCUACCAAUCCUGUCGCACCAAGUUGGGUUGGUGUGGGCUGGUGGAAACGGAUGGGACGAGCUGACAAGGUCUACUCUCGAAGAGACCACCCUGAGGCAGAGACUUGGCAGUCGAAGAGAUUCAGCCGCUCAAGUCUCUUGCUUAUCGCCACCAGAACCAGAUGCCUCGGAGCAACCAAGAGGUGGGCCUCGUCGACGGCGAUCAUCUCUUGCUCAGCUUACCGACAUUCUUCGGGAGUGGGGAGGUGGAAGCAGUGCUCCUAGACGUCAAAGGACUCCACUAUCAAGACGGGAAACAUUAGCUGAUCUCGCUCGCUCUCUGCCAUGGGCAAGGCAUGAGCCACCACCACGGCGCCGCCGAGACUCAUCCGCAGACUCAGGAAUUAAGUCCAUGGCAUCUAAGCGUCGUGAUUCAAAAGCGCAACCUGAAUUCCGAACAGAUUUUCCUACUUUAGAUAGAAAAGACUCAGUAAUAACACCAACAAAAGACCGUCGCAUAAAAAGACGUAGUUCUGGCGAUGAGAAAGAACGCAGAGAUUCUAUUGAAGGGCAUCGCCACAGACGUGAUUCUGUUGUUGUCAUGCCACCAAGAAUUGUCGCAACUCACAAGAAAAGAAGACCUUCACCACCCAUACAAGCGCCCCCGUCGUUUGUUGAUGCAUCUUCUGAUCCAGGUCCGUCUACUCAUCCCCCUUCAGUUACUGUUGUCACCGUCCAUGAACCAAGUCGUUCUGACGGAGAAUGUCAGCCUAUGACAAUGCCAACUAUUAUAACUUCGGCAGUCACACCCUCGCCAACAUCUCCUACUCCACCAAAUGGCGGCACUGCGACAACGCAAUCAUCUCCAACUCCAGGAAUAAAUCAAAUAAGUCAGGCAACUCAAGGAACACAAGCAGUCCAACCUGUAGGUAAAACAGCGCCUAGCUUAGGAGGGCGAAGGGAUUCCACCACUCAAUGUGGUCGUACAAGACGAGAUUCUAGAGCUACAGCGAGUCCUGAAAGACGGUUGGGUAGGCUACAGAGACAGGCUACCGCUUUUGAUGAUCCUAUUGGCCCACCCGGCACUAGAAGACCAUCAUUAGAGCCGGAUGAUGCAGGGCGUGCGCGGCGCGAUUCUCUAAGUCCUGAUUCCGCAGCACGUACACGACGAGAAAGAAACCAAUUAAGCCCUGAUCGUGCUGGAGGUGGUGAGUUAAGUCCAUCGGCCGCUAGACGUCGAAAUCGUCUACGUAGACAAGCAUCAUGUGCACGAAUGGGAAGAGCCCGCAGUCCAGAAUCUAGCUCUUGCUCGAGCCGAGAUCCAAGUCCAUGUGCCAGGCCUCCAGAGAGGACUAUCUUCAGGCGUCAAUCAACAACAGAAGAGAUAUUAAUUGCGCGUGGUUUCCGUCGUCAGUCCACAACUGAAGAAAUGAUACGUUGUCGUAACUUUAGACGUCAAAGUUCUCAAAGUGACGACGCUUGCAUGCGGGCUCGGGGGAGGCGAGACUCUUCGACUCAGAUACUAGAUGGAACCAUUGGCACCAUGACAGUCGAAACAACCAGCACUUUCUUCGAUUCCAGUACACAAACUGAGCCUUCGCCAUUGUAUGACAACAAUCAUUAUCACGAGGAAUGUCUACGUUGCAACUCUUGUGGGUUGAACCUCACCGGACCAAAUCAGAAACGCGCUCGCCGCUUCAAGAACCAGAUCCUGUGCGAUUUGCACUUUGCUGACGUCGCGCUCAUGGAGUGCAGUGACUUCAUGCAACAACUACGCAGCUUCAAGCCUCAGUCACUGGGAUGCGCAGUCGCCAGGCGCAAGUCCUCAACCACUCUCAUCUUCCCACUGCCGCCUCAGGCCUGUUCAGAUGAGUUCUGCGAGGAGUAUCCACACAGCCUGAUCCCAACACCGGGAUACUGGAUCGAGUGUUCACGACAGAAGAUCGCAACUGACACCAUCUGGGAUGAGUCUGAGUCGGAACACGACAGUGGACCGGAUCGGGAUAACGAAAAUGACCGCCACAGAUCUGGCUCUCUGGACGAGGCAGCGGAAGACAGCAGUGAAAAUGGCGGGAGCACACCAAAGAAGAAAUCCGCCAUAGAGGAACAAUGGGAGAGGUCUGGCGGCUUCGAGCUGACGUCUGUGGAACAAGAAACAUAUGAAAAGUACUUUUAUGGAACUGAACAUUGGAACUACUUUACUAAUGAUGAGGACCUCGGACCAGUUAUAUUGUCUAUCAAACAGGAGACGCUCAACGGUAGAGAUCAGUUCAGGAUUCUGGUACGAGCUAUAAGUUAUACGGUGCAUGGGCUGAUCCCCGCAUCCUGCGUGUUUGCUGAUCGGUACAACCGUGAAGAAGUGGUGCGUUCGCUCGGUAAGGAAGUCAACAUCAACCCUCCUCUAAUGCUGGGUCAGCUGCCUGAUACACCUGAAGAGCUGUUAAAACUAGAUCAGGUAUUCAUAAAAUCAGAAUUGAAAGUUGGAGUUAUUUACGUUAAGGAAAAUCAAUACACGGAAGAAGAAAUACUGGACAAUAAUGAGAACUCUCCCUUAUUCGAUGAGUUUUUGCAGGUUUUAGGGGAAAAAGUACGGCUCAAAGGUUUCGAUAAAUACAAAGGGGGUCUCGACACUGUCCAUGAUUUGACCGGUCUAUAUUCCGUGUACACGAACUGGAGAAGUAUUGAAAUAAUGUUCCACGUGUCGACCCUACUGCCCUACGAGAGACACGACCCACAGAAGUUGCAGAGGAAGCGACAUAUCGGCAACGAUAUCGUCUGUGUCGUGUUCCUAGAAGCAGACAACACGGCGUUCUCGCCCGCGUGUAUAAAAAGCCAUUUUCUGCAUACGUUUAUAUUGGUACGAGUAUCGGCGAAGAUUAAACGGCGGCCGACCAGGUACGAAGUGUCAGUGGUCACGCGAGACGAGGUCGGGGCCUACAAGCCCUACCUGUGGGAGCAGAGUGUGUUUGACAAGGGCCCAAUGUUCCGAGAAUGGCUGUUGACAAAGAUCGUGAAUGGUGAACGGGCGUCGUACUCAGCGCCAAAGUUCGCCAGAAUGCAGGAGCGAACCCGCAGUCAGAUGUUAGAAGACAUCGUGGCCAACUUGCAGAACCACGCCGAGACUGGACAGAUACCGAAACCUUAUAGAAGAGGUUCAUGGCGACCAAUUGGCCACAUGCGACCAUCCUCCCCACUGCUAGAUUCUGUGAGGGACCAAUUCGAAGACUAUGACCAGCUCGCUAAGGACUUCACCAGGGUGUUCCUCAACAACGAGCUGAACAUAGCGCAGAACGCGCAGUUGUUCGACGUCGUGUUCCUUGUGGGGUCGUCCAAGCAGAAGACCAGGUUUAUUGGUGUAAGAGCAAUACUGGGCGUGAGGAGUAGAGUGUUUCAAGAGAUGCUGUACGGUAUCCAGAGCGGGUUCGGUUCCCCGCAGGUACCAGUGGCUGAGCUGUUAGCUCGACCAGCGCCUACGCUGAUGUCACCCACACCCGGCAAGCAGAAAAGCAGCAACUUCUUACAAGUGCCCGACAUUGAGUCACCAAGACCUAAAAGCGUACCCAGCUCACCGAUGGUGAAACGAGCGUUUUCCCGCCUGGGCACCAUCACAGCUGGUUGGGGUCGCUCCAUACGGAAGCAGCACUCACAGCUCAAUGCGGACGAUAAAAAGAAAUGGACCAGCUCCCAGGAUUGUUCAAAUAAAGAAAGCAAAGAAAAGGAGAAAGAAAAGAACGCAGCCCUAGCAGUACCAAGACUGUCCGUGUGUGCUGACGCUCAGAAAGUGGACCGAGCCAAACUGGCACAGACUGAGUUUUCUAUCAUAGAGUUCGAUCCAGAUACGUUCAGGAUACUAUUGGACUACCUUCACACGGGCAGCUGUCCACUCACGUGCGCAUCCAUCCCCGGUCUCAUCUGCGCUGCCGAACAUUACGACCUACCUGAGCUGCUGCAGGCUUGCUUCCAUCACGCCAAGCAGUUCCUCAGGAUAGAAGUUGUGUGUACCAUGCUCAUUUCACUGGAGAAUUACUACUGGCGAUACACAUCGGGCACAGAACUUAUAAAUAUGAUUAUGACGUACACAGAACAGCGAGCGUAUGCAUUGUUUCAAACUCCAGAAUUUCUUACUAUAUCCGAAUCAAUGGUGCAACUGAUAAUGUCUAGAAAUCUCGAAGUGCCGGAAGUUAGGAAAUUCGAAGCGAUGCUCAUGUGGGCCCGAAACAAAGUUAAAUCGAACUCUGCAAACAAGACUGAAAUGAAAAAUGAUUUUAAAUGCACUAUGGACAGACUAGCCCGAGAUCUCAAACUAUACAGGAUUUCGCCGCAGGAACUUAUAAAGGUUGUUCUCCCAACGAAGGCUAUCAAGAACGAACGAAUUCUAGAGACCUUGAUGUACCAAGCUAAUUCUGGCAUGUACAGGAUUCAAGAAGACUAUAUUGAAGCUUGCCAACAGCGGAUUCAGAAACAAGAUUCGAGAUUUUCCGAAUUUGAAAGCUUCGAUUACGGUAUUUAAACUUGUGCUGUGAGGAUAUCAGUGUAUUAGUUAGUUUAGGAACUGAAUGGUGUGGGAUGUUUCGUGUGGUAUGUUGACGCCUUCUAUAAAGUAUUAUUGUUGUAGUUGUACCUUAAGGGUGCGAGAAAUAUUUGUACACUUCUCGAGUACCUUUCCUUGUUGUUGUUCAUUGAUACCUAUAUAUUUUAUACAUCUAGCUAGACGUGUUCAGUAUAUUCGUCUCUAUUUUUGGUACCAGAAAUUUGAGAAAAUGUGUUAUCGGACGUACAAAAUACAUUGUUUAUAACACGAGUUGUUACAGAAUGUUGCCAUAAUAUACAAGUUAAUAGUCCUCUAAUGGAUCAUCGACUGGGGAAUUUUAUCCUUACCCUUGGAACUGUCCGCCCUUAUCUUUACUAAAAUUGGAAUGAUUUUGCUCAGUGUACAGUGUUCACAAUUAAAUAUUGUACUUAUUACAUGUGUGUUGUUCCCUUGCAUUAUUCGUCCAAGUUCCACGCUAUGGCAUCGGCAUCAUUUUAUCCUACAGUUACCAAACUAUAAUAAAGAAAUACGGUCUACUAGAUUAAUCGACUUUAAACUUCAUGGGAAUAAAAUUAUUCUGAAUUACACCUAGUUUGUGUGUAUAAAUAUUUAUAAAAUAAUUAUUGUCACUAUAACAAAAUAAUGAAAUUAUAACUCAAAAGAGAACCGACUACCUUUAAGGUGUUUGACACUGUCGUUAUUUCAAAUUGUUAUUCAAGCCAAAAAAUAUGGACACGCGGGAUUCAACUCUAUUCACAACCGCGCAAUCUAUGAUUAAUUUGUACACAAAAAAUAGGGUAAUUGGCAACCUGCUAAUUUAUCUAGUGAAGAAUUAGGGCCAUUUUGGAACUGCUCCUCAGCAUAAGCUAACACAAAUCAAGAAUUCGGAGCCAAGUUUUGUAGUGUGGAUCUAGGACGUUUAUUUGUUCCCCAGAGUGAUCCAGCUAUAAUUAGAAUUAA